AUGGACGAGCGUCCGCCGCCCGGCGGCGCCGCGAGUCGGAGCCGCGCCUCCCCGCGCGCGUCGCCGUCCGCGUCGUUACGCGCGUCGUCGGAGGAGGAGUCGAUGAUAAUGGAGGAGGACAACCGAGGGUCGCUCCGAGCGCACCCGAUCGCGCCGUCCGCGACCGCGUCCGCGGCGUCGACGCCGCCGCGCUCGCCGCGGCGACCGACGCCAAACGCCGCGCUCGCGGCGUCGCCGAGCGCGGCGGAACACGCGGAAGAGACGGAGAAGGCGGUGCUGCGCGCGGCGGUGGCGGAUCUGCAGGACCGACUCCGCGGCGCGCACGACGACCUGACCGCCGCGGCCGCGGAGCGCGAGGCGCGCGUCGCGGACGCGCGAGCGCACGUCGCGGAGUGGUCGCGACGCGCGGCUUCGCUCGAGGAGGAGCUGCGGCGGACGGACGAGCGCGCGCGCCGAGCGGAGGAGACCGCCGCGGAGACGACAGCGCGGAUGAUGCAUCAUCGUCGUCGCGAUGAAGAGGCGAGGCGGCUUCGCGAUGAAGAGGCUUCGCCGAGCGCGCCCGGCGGCGGCGGCGGCGCGGCGGCUUCCGUCGCGGCGCUGGAGGCGAGCGCGCGCGCGGCCGCGGCGGAGCGCGCGAUACGCGACCGUCAGCUCGAGGACGCGGCGGCGACCGAGACGAAGGCGCGUUCUAUACACUGGUGUCCAUACGACCGCGUCGGCGUGGUGAACGCCCGUUACGACAACAACAACAACAACGAAGUGGAAGCGACGACGACGCGGCAAAAGAAGAGGUCGCGAGCGAGGUCGCGAUGCUUCGCGCGCGAAUGGAAGCCGCGGAGGACGCCGCGGAGGACGCGCGCGCGGAACGCGAACGCCUCAGGCGCGUCCCAUCUUACACUGGUCCCCAUACGACCGCGUCGGCGUGGUGAACGCCUAUCCUUAAGGACUUUGCCCGUCGUCUCUCUCCGCCCACUCCUCCCUUUCAAUCCCCGACCUCGACGCCUUUCAACUCCACCUGACGCCUUUCAAAUCCACCCCGAUAUCAUCGCUUCGUACGGAACGACCCUCAGAGAACGACUCGCCGCGGCGGAGGCGGCGCCGGCGCGAGACGUCGACGUCGUCGGCACCCCUGGUGCCACCGCCGGCACCCCCGCGCGACAACACCAACAAAACCUCACGCCCGCGAGCGCGAGCGUGCACGACUUCAUCCUGCGCGCGGCGGAGGACGCCGCCGCGGCGCGGGGCUUGCUGUCCUCUGCGAAGGGAAGUCGUGGCGGCGGCGCCGCCGACGUCGCUCGAAAGAUCGAAACCGCCGUCGCCGAGGCGGAGGCGUCGUGGCGCGAGGAGAUGACGGAUCUGACGCGCGCGCACGCGUUGGAGCUCGAGGAGACGCGGGAGGAGACGCGGGAGGCGCGACGGCGCGCGGAGGAAGCGAUCGCGCGCGCGGAGGAAGCGGAGCGCGCCGCGGAGGAAGCGGAGGAAAAAAUUGAAGACGAGACGUCCACCGUCGCCGCCACCGCCGCGCUCGAGGACGCGAUGUCGCUCGUCGAGGCCACGCGCGCGAAGCUCGCGGCGGCGAAGGAGAGCGAGGCGCGCGCGAUCGCGUCUCGCGACGCCGCGGAGGCGGCGGCGGAGGCGGAGCGCGACGCGCGCGGAGAGCUCGCCGCCGAACGCGCGCGCCUGCGAUCGGAACUCGAGCGCGCGUCCGCGACAUCGCGCGACCUAGAGUCCGCGCUCCGCGACGCGCGAGACGCGACGAAACGCGCGGUGGACGACGCGGUCGCGGCGUUCAAGGAAAGUAACCCCCCACCGCCGGACGUUUUAACGCUCGCGUCGAUGCGGGAAGAGCUCGACGCGAUGCGAAGGGUGGCGGAAAUUCAAGAGCGGGAAGUCGUGCGCGCGACGGCGGCGGCGGCGGAGAGCGCCGCCGCGGGCGGGCUCGACGCGGCCGCGGCGGCGGCGUCCGUGCCGCAGGCGCUGUUAGAGCGCUGGCGCGGGGAGGUUUUUCGGUUGCUGCUGCAGCUGCGCCAGGAUCCGAUCGUCGCGAAGGAGGAGGCGCGGAUCGCGGCGCGGCGCGAGCAAGAGUUGAGAGAGGCGCUCGCGUCGUCGCGCGCCAAACUGGACGCCGCGACCGCGCGCGGCGACGCGGCGACCGCGAGCGAGCGGCGGAUGGCGGCGGCGGCCGCGGACGCGGCGAGGGAGUGCGCGGUUUCGCGCGACGACGCGGCGAAGGCGCGGACGGAGCUGGAGGAGGAGCGCGCCGCCGCCGCGGACGCCGCGGCGCUUUUGAAACGCCACGCCGAGGGGUUCUUUCUGGAGAACGUUCAAAAGCUGGAAGCCGCGUCCGCGCGUCUGAACGCGCUGCGACGGCGCGUGCACUUCGCGGAGAGCAGGGUGUCGCUGUCAUCGCAGCUCGCGGUCGCGAGAGGGAGAGGCGGCGGGGGGGGGGCGAAGAAAGACGAAGACGCGGCGGCGCCGUCGCCGUUCGCGUCUUCGUCUUCCUCUGCCGCCGCCGUCGAUCGAAAUCGAAAUCGACCGCCCGCCGCGACGACGACGACGACGACGACGACCGACGCCGCCGCCGCUUCAGAACAGAUCGAGGAGCUCGAAGCCGAAGUCUGGCGCCUCUCGAGCGAGCGAGCGAUGGUGCUGCGCGAACUCAAAGCCGUCUCCGAUCGAAGAGACGCGUCGCUCGAACGCGUUAAACGACGCGCCGACGACGCCGAAGCCGCCGCGGAGGUGGCGCGCAAGGAGACCGCCGCCGCGAGCGCGGACCAGCGACGGCUGCUCAGCGGCCUCGCCGCCGCGGAGGCGGCGGCGGAGAACGCGCGACGCGACGCGGAGAAGGCUGCCGCGGACGCGGUCGCCGCCGAGGCGAAACUGUCGAGGUGUAAAGCCGACGCGGUCGCGGCGGCGGCGGAGGCGGCGGCGGAGGCGGAGACGGCGAAGCACGUCGCCGUCCGCGACGCCGUCGCGGAGGCGCGGGCGCGCGCGAACGAGGAGAUCGCGCGCGCGAUGAAGGAGCUCGAGGUGGCGCGAAGAGAAGCCGCGCGCGCGGCGGUGGCGUCGAGGCAGCUCGAGCGGCAGAUCGAUAAGCUCAACGAGCGGCGCGUCCCUCGCGCGACCAGACGCGCGUCGUAUUUUUGUCUCUCUCUUCGCGCGACGCGUCGACGAAUCACGAUCCACCUAUCGUCCACGUCGGCCAUCGUAUUCGAAAUCUUAUCGCCCACUGACCAAUCGUCGUCCUCCACGUGGAAUAUUCCGCCCACAGGCACGCCGCGGAGGACGACGCGAGGCUGCGCGAGGUGGAGGAGAAGAUUGACGCGCGUUCUAUACACUGGUCCCCAUACGACCGCGUUCGCGUGGUGA